AUGGCUGACAACUUUGCGCCCCGCGUCUUCGGCGACGCCCCUGUCGCCGCCUCUGGCACCGACAAUAAGGACGGCUUCCUGCCGGCCGCCUCUGACAAUGACAGCGAAGUCGACGACUGUGUAGGCCGCAUUGAGCAGAAGCGCGAGGCUAAGCGCCAGAUUGGCAUCAUCAGCGCCAGUUUCCUCAUCUUCAACCGCAUCGUUGGUACUGGUAUCUUCGCCACGCCUUCCAGCAUUCUGCGCUCCUCUGGUUCCGUCGGUCUGGCCCUCUUCAUGUGGGUCGCCGGUAUGAUCAUUGCCUUUGCUGGUACCGCCGUCUACAUGGAGUUCGGCACCGCCAUUCCCAAGAACGGCGGUGAGAAGAACUACCUCGAGUACGUCUACCGCAAGCCCAAGUUCCUGACCACCGGUCUGUACGCCGGCUACGUCGUCCUCCUCGGUUGGGCUGCCGGUAACUCGGUUGUCUUCGGCGAGUACAUCCUUCACGCCGCCAACGUUGAGAUCACUCGCUUCAACCAGCGUGGUGUCGGUCUCGCUUGCAUCACCACGGCCUUCAUCAUCCACGGUACCGCCCUCAAGUGGGGUCUGCGCCUGCAGAACCUCCUCGGUUGGAUCAAGCUCACCAUUGUCUUCCUCAUGAUCAUUGCUGGCUUCAUUGCCCUCGGCGGUCACCUCAAGAUCGACAACGACUUCAACAACUUCGACAAUGCCUUCGAGGGCACCACCGGCAGCGCCUACGGUGUCGUCACCUCCAUCUACAACGUUAUCUGGUCCUACGUUGGUUACAGCAACGCCAAUUACGCCCUCAGCGAGACGAAGAACCCGGUCCGCACCCUGAAGUUUGCUGCUCCCAUCGCCAUCGGUGCCAUCUCGGUCCUUUACAUGUUCAUCAACAUUGCCUACUUCGCUGCCGUUCCCAAGGAGGAGAUCCUGACCUCUGGCCGUCUCGUCGCCGCUUCGCUGUUCCGUAACGGUCGUCUUGUCCAGGAGCUCGGCCGCGAGGGUAUCCUGCCCUUCUCUCGCUUCUGGGCCAGCAACAAGCCCUUCAACGCACCUCUCGCUGGCCUGUUCGAGCACUGGCUCAUCUGCAUCAUCGUCAUGCUGGCCCCCCCUCCUGGCGAUGCCUACAACUUCCUCCUCAACCUCAUUUCGUACCCUCUUGCCAUCAUCAACGUCUUCGUCGCCGGUGGUCUCGUUCACCUUUACCUCAACCGCUCCGCGUGGAACUGGAACCCUCCCUUCAGCGCUUCGCUCCCCGUCGUCAUCUUCUUCCUGCUCAGCAACAUUUACCUCGUCGUUGCUCCCUUCGUUCCUCCCCCUACGCCCGAGCAGAACCAGUACGAGAACCUUCCCUACUGGAUCCACUGCGUGACCGGCUUCGCCGUCCUCUUCGCUGGUGGCAUCUACUGGGCCGUUUGGGCCAAGAUCCUGCCCCGCAUCGGCAAGUACGAGCUUGUUCGUGAGACCGUCAUCGACGACAUCGAUGGUUGGGAGCGCAACGUCUUCUUCAAGCGCCCCAUCGGCACCACCGCCGCGCUCGAGCAGGAGGCUGCUCAGUCUGGCGCCGCCCACAGCAGGGCCUUUUAG